CGCGUCACAAAAACAUGGCGGAUUAGUGUGCCCAUGGGGUCCGCUGCUCGCCAUCCGUCGUCGACAAAAAAAAGCUUAUUUCUCCCAACAAACGAUAUAUUGUUGACCAGGGCAAAAUGUUUCGUCGGUCACGAUUUAGCGCUCGGCCCAAUGUCGGCGCAACGGGCAGAACGUCUCAGGAAGCCCCCCCGGCGAGUCAGGAGGCCGGUGAGGCCCCCAGAGAUGUUGCCGCCGGCAGCACUGCCGCGGAGACAGGCGGCCAGUCUGUCGGGACCCCGUCAGAGAGACCCGAAGCCCCGGGGGAUGGCAACGAGCAACACGGGGAAAGCACCGGCACCCCGGCUGCCCUGCAAAGGAGGAAGCGCUUUUCCAUCAAGCCCAAAGUGGCCCCGGGACGCCCCUCCGCAGCGGCUCGCACGCAGAAAUCCCCCCUCAAGGCGGUGUCGGAAACUCCCGCUGAGGCCCCGGUCUCGGGCCCCGACAAGCCGACCGCGUCCGGCCAAACGGCGGCCGCAGUCGCCCCGCGAGGACUGCAGUCGCCGAGGCGACGGAGGUCUUCAGAAGAGAGCAAGCAGCCCAAAACGCAACCUAAACAGGCCGCCGAACCUUCGGCCGAGUCGGCGGAAAAAACCCCGCCGGCGGACGGCGGCAAGGGAUUGCAAAGCGCGUCGGACGGUCAAGUUGAAGGAGUACCGUCCAAAUUACCGGACACGGUCCCCUUUUCCAUCCUGGGCAGAGAAGCUAUGGAGCUUUCGGAGAGAGCAAAGACUCUGGUGUCGUCCACGAGCAGGCGACGUCUCUCGUCAUCAGCGCUCUCCUUGAGCCGGCUCCUGAAUGACCCAUCGGACAUCCAGAGGAUCGCAAAGGCCCAAAAGCUCCGAGAUCUGCUCAAGCAGGAGAUGCAAAAAGGAAAGAAACGCAAGAAAGGAAAUGCGCGCGUAAAGGAAUAUAACCUAGAUCCGGCCAAAAUGACCAUGAGCGACCUUAUCCGCUAUCUCCCGGAGUCUAACCCCAUGACUUCGAGUAUUGAAGAAUCCGCUCCGGAGAAUGAGACCGUGGUCCCACCUUCUCCAGAAAGAGAUGCGUCACCAGAGAGAUCGCAGACGCUGGAGGUGAUCCCUAAAAUAGGUACCCCGAGGCAGGUGGAGGAGGAGCUGGAUGAGGAAGAGGACGACGAGGAUGACAGCGUGAUGGUUCCCCAGGUCAAAGUAGCCGAGGACGGCACCCUGAUCAUCGAUGAAGAAAGCUUGACGGUGGAAGUCCAGCGGGCCAAAGGACCGAAUCCAGCCAACGAUCGGGACCCCAUAUUUGAGCGCGGCUCCACUACAACUUACGCAAGCUUCCGGAAGGGGACCUACACGAAACCCUGGUCCAGUGAAGAGACAGACAUGUUCUUCCUGGCCGUCAGCAUGGUGGGAACCGACUUUUCCAUGAUUUGUCAACUGUUUCCUCUCCGAGCGCGAUCAGAGAUCAAGAACAAAUUUAAAAAAGAAGAGCGAGAGAAUUCCUGGAGGGUUGACAAAGCUUUCCGGGAGAGGCGCAAACUGGACAUAGAAUAUUUUUCUAAGCUGCUGGAGAAGAUUCUGGAAGUUCAGGAAAACCGGAAGAAACUCAGGUCGCUUGCUGGGAGGAAAUCUCCAAAGAAGAGAACGAGAAAGGCCAAGGGCAAAAAGGCUGCAAGGAAGCUGAGCGUUGUGGAAGAAGAAGACGAGGAAGAGCAAAACGAAAUUGCCGACUUGGAAGAGGAGGAGGGUGAGAAAGAGAACGAGGAGCUCGUUAACGAGGGAGGAGCUGAUGUCGCUAAGCCGAAGAAGAAACGUAAAAGAAAGAGCAAAGAGGAGGUUUUGACCGAGGAACCAAUUGAGAAGAAAAACAAAACGGGAGAAAAGAGCAACGAAAAAGAUGAUGCCUGCACACCGGGGGACACUGAGGCAGCACUUCCUGAAGACUGUCCAACAUCCGACAUGUCUAAGGAGCCUGAGGGUGUGAGUGAAGCCAAAGAGGCCAAAAUCAAGCCGGCUAAACUGUCACGAGGCAGAGCCCCAAAACCGCUCCUGCCGCUGGGCCGGAAGUGGGGCAAAAAGCCCCCAGCCCCCUCCACAAAGAGCAGCGCCGCGGCGCCGGACAAAGGGGAGGAGGGCGUAGCGGACGGAGGAGGCGAAGAUCAGGUCAAUAAAGACGCUUCGCCUUCAAGUCCAGCGGAGGAGACGUCCGCUGACGACGACUCCGAAGAAGAGGAUGCCACCGUUCAACCUCCGAAGCCCACCAGGUAUGGCAGAUUGCCUAAAGCCGUCACGCCCCUGAACUACCCCGCCAAAGAGGCCGCCCCCGAAGCCACCCCCGCCCCACCCGAGGGCUCCACGUCUUCUGCCGCCAAAUGCACGGCCAAGAGGGGAAGGACACCAAAGCUGAAAUCCUCGCGGGAGUCCAAAAAACCUAAACUGGUCACCAUCGUGGCGUCUCAGUCAGACUACAGCGACGAGGAGGAGGAAAAGCAGCGAGAAGAAGACGAAGAGGUGGAGGAGGUGCCCCCCGCUGGAGCACCCUUUGUGCCCGCCAGCCUGCGCUCGCUACAACCUGUGGUGUCACAGGUGGAGGAGACGCUGGAGGAGCUUGAUAUCUUUGCAAAUAUCCCCGAUGUGUUGGGCAUCUCCCAAGAUGCACUGUGCCGUGAAGUCUCUUGCGAGGGGGCAGAGCACGAGGCAGACACAGCUAAACCCACUGACCAUCAGCUGGAUCUGCUUGUUGACGUCAUAGACCUCUUUUCCGUGGACCACACAGAAGUAUCUGAGGACGAGAGCUACAACGAAGCUGCUCAGACCUUGUUGACCAUCGGCAACCUGGCUCACCUCCCUCAGGAUCAAACAGUAGAAGAUCACGUUACAGGGACAACUUUGGCCAACGUGAAAGAAAGCAUCGCACACCUGAAGGGAGAGAUUUCAUCAAAGCCUGCUCUACUUGAUGAAAGCAGCGUGGCUCCUCUUACGUCUGCAGUCUCCAAUCACGAAAUGAUGGAAACAUCGGGUAAUGUUACCAUCCUACACAGCGGAGGAGAAAAUGAGGACAUUCCCCUCGUCGAAUGCAGUGAUCAGAGGGCGGAUUGCGACGCGGACCCCGAUCCUCAGUUGGCAAGAAAGACAAAGAAAGGCGGCUCCUCCGAGGGGAAACCGAAACCUAACCUUGGCCGAGCCUCGAGGACUCCGCUUCUUUCGGAGGAAACCCAGAAAGCAGCGGAACGUAGCGAGAAAACGUCCUGUUUGGAGGCCAAAGGCACAGAUGAGCCACGUGGCAGCCAGGAAGGGUUUGUCGGUGAACCGCAUUCGGAUCAGAGUCCAGGUGAUUCCCUGGUCGGGGCGCCGUGUGUUCCAGCCGUAGUCGUUCAGAAGGAGGAGAGUGAGGUGGGAUCUACUCCCCCGACCAGGAAGAGUCGAUUCCAGAAAGUCAAACCCAAACUCCACCUGGCACGGACAUCAAGGACUAAACCUCAAACCACGACGGACGCCGACCCCGCGGAGGGCGGCGGCGGCGUCCCUCCCCCCGCUCCGUGUUUUUCGUUGCGCGUGGAGGAGCUGCCCACCGCUCCGAGAGAAGAAGAAGAAGAUGAAGAGGAGGGCGCCGCCGCCGCUGCGUCCGCUCGCCAGACUGUGAGGCGUCGAUCACAGAAAGCCACACCCAAACCCAAUGUGCCGCCCACGUCGAGAAGUGGGCGGUCUAAACCUGAAACCACUGAGGACCCUGCCCCCCCCGCGGGGCUCGCGGAGACGCCCCCCAGCCGGACACCAGGGCCCGAGGCCACCGAAGAAGCGAGGCCGACUCGCGGUAGCGGCCAUCUUGAAAAGGCAAGCCCAAUUAAAAGUGCAGCCUCGGUGACGGAAUUGCGCUCUUCCCCUAAAACCGCGGAGGAAACGUCUCCAACCGAGGAGCAGAAGACGGGCGCCGGGCGCGGUCCCGGCUCGGGGAAAAGUGUUCCUCAACGACGGCAACGCUUCGCCAAAGUCAAACCCAAUGUGGGAUCCUCCCCCCGGUCUGCACGCGCUAAACGCCAGUCGUGCGACCCGCGCCACGCGGACCCCCCCGCCGGGGCCGCGCUCCCGUCCACCGCGCGCUCAUCAGGUGAAAGCGCCGAGCAGCCGCCCGCUGGGAGUGAAGAGGAUCGACCAGCUGCCCCAAACACCGAGUCCCCCGACUCUGCCUCACGAAAAGCUCCUCAGGCCCUUCGAGGACGGCUCAUCCGACCCAAGCCCAGUCUGGCCCGCAGCGGCCGACCUCCACCCCCCCGACAUGUGCCCGAGAUCAAAGCGGCAGACCGAGAUUUCGACGCGCCCGUUUGCCUCCGUGUGUCCGGAGUACGGCCCGACGCCCCGCAGCCAGCAGAGGGCGCCGCUGCGCAAGGCGCUCUCUCUCGAAGCGGUACCGGCCCGACCCCGAGCGGCCUGGCGCAAGUCCCCGAGCAACCGGGGCAACGUGCCCCCCCUACACAUGGACCCUUGCUGGGCUGUCUGACACGAGCCCCCGGCAGUUGUAACCAGUUACAGGGUGCAUCCACAUCAAUCACAACGGAGAUACAGACCCAGACAAAUGUCUCAAUAUUUCCAGACUUGCCGUUGAAGGAUGAGCAGAAAGAUGCAGAUGAGCCGUUCUUCAUCCUCUCCCUGACUGAGAUCCCCGUCGCCGUGCAGGAACCCCCCCCCCCCCGCCGCCCCGCGGCCGAGCAAGACGGGCCGCAGCCUUCCUCGCUCCUCAUCGCCGUUCCCGGGGGGGCGUCGACGACGACGACGGCGGCCGCAGAGGGGCCUUCCCUCAGUGCCGCCGCGGCUGCUGCGCGCCCGGAGGAGAGCGGCGAGACGGGCGGCCGGGACGCUGGGCCCGACCCCGAUAGAACUCCCCCUACCAAACCCGAUGGGCCGAGGGCCACCAGGAGGAGAGUCAAAGAGCAGGUCGAGCCGAGGACUUCAAAGAGGAGGCAGGCCGGCAAGAGCCUCGCCGCGGACGAGGCGGGGCCGGCUCCGCGGGGGGAAGGGUUUGACGACGUCGCCCGGGGGGGGCGCGGUGAUCGUGUAGCUGUGGGAGAGGAGGCUCCGAAAGGCGAAAGCGGCUCGAGGGCACAAACCGCUCGGCGGAAGGGAAGCCGGAAAAGAAACCCCAAAGGCUUCCCCGCUGUGACUCCUGAGACGAUCGUCACGGCCCCUCCACCCGACGCUGCGCCCGGCAAGGCGGCGGCGUCAAAGGGCCCGAAGGCCAGAACUCCCCGGGCGGCCGCGAAGCGACCCGCUCCACCCGCAGCGUCUGCGUCGCACGCCGCCGCCGUGAACCGCUCCACAGUCAGCGCUUCGCCGGCAGAAAGGAGGAAGGGCGGCCGAGCGCGCUCCGUCAGGUCUCCACCCGAGGUGUCCGCUUCUCGGCGGAGUGACGCCGCGGAGGAGGAGCCCACCAGUGUGUCUCAGUACUUCUUAUGUGACAUCUUUACAGAUGUGGAGGAGGGAUGAAAGCAGCAACCAGUGGGGGGGGGGGGGGAGGGUUUAGUUACGUCUGUCUGUAGGUUAACUUAUGACCAAAUUAGUCUCACAAGCACUUUGGAUUAGUGUGGUUGUUUUGAAUUGACUGAAAUUGCUUUUUUUUAUUUUUUACACAUUAAUAACCAAAACAAGCAUUUCAUUAUGUUUCCAUCCUCCGAUCCCUCAAUUUGGUUAUUCAAAACCUGUGAAAAUGUAAAUAAUAUCUGUUCCGUUUUACUAAAGACAGAAAGACCAUUUGAUGCAAUAAUAUUGCAUCAUCGAUCUUGUAAAUGCAACCAAACAAGCAGCAGGGGAUGUCCAACUAUUUAAAGAAAAAGGUUCUGUCGGCUGGUUCAGUGUUCAAAGCGGUCCUUUGCAUUUAUUUAUUUGCAUUACUACGUUUGAUACAAAAAACGCUCAUCGCGUGUUCUCUUCCUUUUAAAUGUUUCAAUAGUUUUAUUGACCAAACACACGGAAGUCUGUAAGAUCGGAAUAAAACGUAUUCUUCCACUUCCA